AUGAGCAAGUUAUACGUCGGGUGCGCAAAAAAAAAAAAGAUCAGAUCUGGGACACAACGUCUAACUUGUUUUGUUGUUUCUUUUGUCAGGAAUUUGAGCUGGAACACGACCGAGGAUGCGCUAUACAACACGUUCGGAGAGUAUGGUCAAGUCACCGAUGCCAUCCACAUGAAGGACCGCGAGACUGGCCGCUACCGUGGCUUUGGCUUCGUUACAUUCAGCACCGCUGAUGAGGCCCACAACGCCAUCGCUGGCCUGAACGAUCAAGAAAUUGACGGUCGUCGAAUUCGCGUCAGCCUUGCUAACGAUCGACCUGAACGUGGUGGAGGAGGCGGAGGCGGAGGCGGAUACCGUGGAGGUCGUGGAGGAGGUCGUGGAGGCUUCCGCAGUGACGGCGGGUCUGGCGGUGGAUGGUGA